AUGACGCAGCCAGGGGACAUGAAAGAAAAUGCUGUCGAUGAGAAGGCGAGUAAUCCUGAAUUGGAUACGGUUAACGCCAAUUAUACUGAAGCCGAGUACAAACGCGUUCUCUGGAAGGUUGACCUUGUUCUGCUGCCGUUCAUGUGGCUAUGCUCUGGUACUCAAGCAGCAGACAAGUCAUCCAUCUCUGCACAAGCAACCUUUGGAUUGCUACGUGAUACCAAUCUUGUUGGCCAGCAGUUUUCAUGGCUGACCACCGCGUUCUUUCUAUCCUAUCUCAUCGGCGAAGCUCCUUCAAAUUAUCUCAUGCAACGCUUUGGGGUGAAUAAGGUGCUGUUCAUCUAUAUGUUCCUCUGGGGUGUCAUCGUCUUGUGCCUUGCCUUUGCUCAGAACUUUGCCCAUCUUGUGGCAUUACGUUCCCUGCAGGGGUUUCUCGAGGGCAUCAUGGGCCCUGCUUUACUUAUUAUCACGGGGUCUUUCUAUGUCAGCCGUGAACAUACUCUACGAUCAAUUAUUUGGAGUACUUCAAGUAGCGGCAUGGAUAUAAUAACACAGCUGGGUAUAUAUGCUAUUGGCAACGCUGCUCAGAAGCAGAACCACAAUAGCAGCUUUGGCGCGUGGCGAUGGAUCAGCGUCUUCCUAGGGCUGUGGACGAUAAUAUUAUCGUUUUUUUCACUACUCAUUCUAGGCACACUUAGUGAAGUUCGAUGGCUAUCGAAGGACGAGAGACGCAUUGCAGCGGCGAGAGUCGCCAGUAACCAAACUGGGUCCGAUAGAGGUCAGAGGCGACCAUGGCGCUGGGACCAGGUCCUAGAGGCAAUGGAAGAUCCGCAAACCUACUUUUUCUUCUUCGGCUUACUUAUCAGUGGUAUACCUUCUAGCGGGACAGCAGCAUUUGGUAAUCUUGUUUAUGUCUCAUUUGGGUUUACCAACUUGGAGACUAUAGUCAAGGGCACUGUCCCUCUGGACCUUGUGAGCGCUGUCUGGUUCCUAUUCGUUGGAUUCUCAACAUUAAAGUGGCCCCAGACGAGAUUACCAUCUAAUAUAGCUGGUCGAACUAAGAGAUCUGUCAUCGGUAUUGUUAUGUUUGUUGGAUACUGUGUAGGUAGUGCGAUUGGCGCUCAAACUUUCCGGGCCGAGUGGGCGCCCAGAUAUAUCCCUGCAAUCAUUAUAUGCGGAAUCAUGUAUGGGGUGAUGUGCGCUCUUUUCAUCGCAUGGAGACUAUAUUACAUGGCGGAGAAUAAGAGACGGGCGAAAAAGAUUGCAGAAAUGAGAAUGACGCCGGAACAAUCAGCUCAUCAAGGAACAAUCAACGGCGAGGCUGACAUGACGGAUCGGCAGAAUAUUCAUUUCAAAUAUAGUGUGUAA